UCCUCAUCACCCUGGAAAAAGGAAAGAGAGGUUUGAUUCUAAAAAAAAAAAACCGUUGGCACGAGGGCAGGCCCCCAAAAGAAUGGCCGGACCCCCUGUCAGCCAGCAGAUGCUGCUCCUAGGCGCCGCUUUUAGACCCUUGCAUCACGUUUCAGGGCGGGGAGUGCUCGAGCUGUCAUCCAGUCCAACCGCGAGCACAUGUGCCGCAGCUCUGUGGCUCUCAGGAGUCCAAAGAGGGCUCAUGCUUCUUCAUUCCUUUCUCGUUUUUUUCCUCCUUUCGCCGCCAUUUCUUUGUCCUGUUUCCCGAGUAGUGCAGUAUCCCAACCCUGCACGUAGAAAGCGGCCACGACUCGUUUGUUUCCAGCAAGCAUCCCACAUCUACGUCAUACUCCUUCCUCCCACCACACCGCCACAAACCUCCUCCUCCUCCUCGCUCGCUCGGCGUUGACCAUCAUCAGCCAUCAGCCGCACACCCCCCACCCCCCGCGACCCCGACCCCGACCCCGACCCGACCCCCAAAAAAAAAUGGCCCGCAUGACCAUCACGGUUGCGGCGCCGCUGCCGCCGUCGGUGCCGCCGCAGGCCGUCAUCGACGCGCUGCACGCCUCGUACGAGCCGCUGAUCCGGCCGCACCCGUUCCUGCGCCGGUUCGAGCGCCGGCGCCUGUCGGUGUCCGAGGUGGUCGACGACCCCUUCUUCGAGGCCGACGGCGCCAAGCUCGAGGCGUACGAGGUGGUGGAGCGCGUGCCCAUCCUGCCCGUCCCCGGCUUCCACAAGGACAUCGUCAUCCCCGCCGUCUUCCAGAGCUUCGCCCGCGGCGUCCGCUGCCGCGCCGACACGUCGGGCGUCCGCAUCUGGAGCGUCUACGAGGUCCGCCCGCUCUCGGCCGCCUCGGGCACCGGGGUUGGUGCCGGCGGGGCAGACGGCGAGGCCUGGGAGCUGCUCGAGACGGCAAAGGUCGAGUGCAACGCCCUGGUCAAGCCGUUUGUGCAAAAGAACUUCAUCACCGCCCACCGCGACAUCCUCAAGGGAACCAUUGCCGAGAUCGCCACCAUGCAGGGCCUGCCGAACGGUUCCGGCUCGGGGCCCGUCAGGGUGACCACAUGACGUCUUGCCUCGUGCGCUUGCUUGUUUCUCAUGUAUCUCUACACCUCUCCUUUCUGUGGUUUCUGUCGGGUUUCCAUCUUCAUAUCUGCUUCCAGGCACACGGCGGAGUCACGGCUUGUCAGACAUUUCCAUGGGUUUUUUCGUUUCUGCUUGUCAUACACGCGAUUAUGGCGGUUUAUACCCAUGUUGUGGUUGGGGCGUUCACAUGCUUUGAUCCUCCAAGACUGCUCUCAAUGUUAUUGCUAUUCGCUAUUUAUCGUGUACGCCAGGCCGCGCGCACAUCAAACUCGAGAAGCCUUAUUCAAGAAA